CUCUAUACAAAACAAAAUGUCGAGUGUUUUUCUCGUAUUCCAAACGUUGUAUUGAGACAUUAUCUUAGAUAAUCUAAUCACAAUGACAUUUAUCAGUAGAUGUGCUUAUGAUUUGUUAGAUCUGGGUGGCGACAGUGACGAAAAUAUUGCUGAAAGCUCCGAGGAUGACAUUGAGAUUUUUCUUCAUGGUACACCUAAGCAGCGUCGCCGACUCCGUCGAUUAUCAGAGGGUCGCAAUGAUUCCUCUAGUGAAGACGACUUUGAGAAAGAAAUGGACACAGAGUUGCAAAGCACGGUUGAUGCACUGGAAGCCCUCAGAGAAACCAAGGAAAAGAAAGAUGUGAAAACUGAGAAUCAGGGAGCCUCUACGUCAUCCACAACAACAUCUUCAACAGCUCAGUUUUAUGACAGCAUCUACUUUGAUUCAGACGAAGAGGAAGAAAGUAGUUCUGGUAAGACGGGAUCAAAGCGAAAGCACCCAGUGAUAUCGAACGAUGACCUGCUGUAUGACCCCAACAUGGACGGUGAUGAUCAGAAGUGGGUAGACAGGCAGCGCGUAUGGUGUCGACCACAGACCAACACAUCUAGACGUAAUGAAAAGGUGAAACCACUCCCCAGCAGUGAUGCCGUUCUUGACUGUCCGGCUUGUAUGACGACAUUGUGCAUGGAUUGUCAGAGACAUUCCACAUAUUCAAACCAGUACCGAGCCAUGUUUGUUAUGAACUGUGUUGUUGACACAUCAGAAAUUCUAAAAUAUCCAAAGGAAAUUGGUAAAAAGAAGAAUAAGAAAAAGAAGAGACAGUCUAAUCGUGAAACAACCCCUGACCAAACUGACGAUGAUAAAUACAAUCCUGUCAAGUGCACGGAGUGUGGAACAGUUGUUGCUAUGUUUGAUCAAGAUGAAGUCUACCAUUUUUUCAACAUCUUGGCCAGCCAUUCUUGAAGGACAACUGUGUUUAGUGUUGACAUUCAUUGUCAGUUCAGCUUUAAGGAACUAUUCCGAGUUUGAUGUAAAUUCCAGUCUGGGAUGGCCCGAAACAUUAUGAUGACAAAAAAAUAAAGUAUAUAUACAGACGUUGAUAUUCUUAAAAAAAAGAUCAUGUUCAGUAUGUAAUUGUAUUUGUUAAAGAAGCUAUGUUAAAAACAUGUGACAGUGGCAGCAAACUCGGAAUACUCUCUUAAAACUGUUUUAGUGCCGCAAUAUGAAAAGAUUUAUGGUUCAUAGGCAUAUAAAGUGUGUUCUGCAGAUGAA